AUGACCUCCAAAAUCAUCAAUGAAGAGCCCCAUCGCCGAUAUAACCCAUUGACUAAAAGUUGGGUUCUUGUCUCGCCGCAUCGAGCAAAACGGCCUUGGCAAGGCCAGCAGGAAGCCCCACAAAAGGAUGACCGCCCUCAAUAUGAUCCCAAGUGUUAUUUGUGUCCUGGAAAUACACGCAUACAAGGUGACAAGAACCCGCAAUACGAUGGGACUUUUGUAUUUCGCAAUGAUUUUUCUGCUGUACGAACCAAACAUGAGUUGGAGGGAGAAUAUGGAAUUGAUCAAGUGGCUGCAGCAUGUAACGAAAAGGUAACGAGCAAUGAUAAUAAUAAUAAUAAUGAUGAUGAUGAUGAUAACUCAUUGUUUAAAUCAGAACAAAUGACGGGCAAAUGUGUUGUGAUUUGCUUUUCUCCACGACAUGACCAGACACUGGCCAAAAUGAGCUUACAAGAACUGAAGCGUGUGGUUAAAGUAUGGCAAGAUGUGUAUCGAGAAGCGGUGGCAGAUCCUGAGAUUGGGUAUUGCCUUACUUUUGAAAACAAGGGCGCAGCUAUGGGGUGUUCAAACCCACACCCACAUGGACAAGCAUGGAUGACGAGUGUUGUACCUGAGGAACCCGCGGUUGAAAGAGCUUCGAUGGCUGAAUACUGGAGACGAAGAAAAAGUGAAGGAGGGGCAGGAUUACUUGGUGAUUAUGUUGCUCAAGAGGUAAAGAGAGGAGAACGGGUAGUUUUUGCCAAUGGUGGGUUUGCAGCUGUUGUUCCUUACUGGGCGGUAUGGCCGUUUGAAGUUCUUGUGAUUGCACGACGAUCCGGUGUGACAAAUGUAACUGAGCUGGCUGAGCAGGAAGUGGCUGAUUUGGCUGAGGUGUUAUCUCAGGUGACCAUUCGGUAUGAUAAUUUGUUCCAGACCAAUUUCCCAUACUCUAUGGGGCUUCAUCAGGCUCCGACAGGAGAAGGGCAGCUACAUAAAGAGGAGGAAAAAGGAGCUGACCACUUGCAUUUACAUUUUUACCCGCCAUUGCUACGGUCUGCGACUGUAAAGAAGUUUUUGGUUGGGUUUGAGAUGCUGGGGAUGCCUCAAAGGGAUUUGACUGCAGAGAAAGCCGCAGCCAUGUUGCGGGAAGUUUCAGGGACAGAGCGGUAUGAAUAA